CUUUAAGGUGUGGCAUAAAUUUUCUCUCAAAAUGGCGUCCAAAAGGGUAGCAGUUGUUACUGGCUCAAAUAAAGGCAUUGGACUUGCAAUUGUCCGUAGCCUCUGCAAGAAGUUUGAUGGUGAUGUUAUCCUUACAUCACGUGACGAGGGGAGAGGAAAAGAGGCUGUGAAACAACUGAAGGAAAAGGAAAGUCUCAACCCAGUCUAUCAUCAGUUGGAUAUAACUAAUGCACAAUCUAUUGAGGGGCUCGUUACCUUUGUAAAGGAUACUUAUGGAGGCCUUGAUGUCCUUAUUAAUAAUGCUGGGAUUGCAUACAAAUCUGCUUCAACAGCUCCUGAUUUGGAACAGGCCACUGUUACCAUGGCUACCAACUUCACAGCUACUCUAAAUAUUUCUCGUGCUUUCUUUCCUCUCCUGCGUCCUGGAGCUCGUGUUGUCAAUGUUGCAUCAUUUACGGGGAAACUUAGUAAAUAUGGACCAGCUGUAAAGGCUAAAUUCACAGAUCCUAAUUUGACUGAGGCUGGCCUAGUGUCACUGAUGGAAGAAUACAUCUCUGUUAUCAGAGAAGGUAAAGCUAGUGAGCUAGGCUGGAACAAUACCAAGUAUGGUACAAGCAAAACAGCAGUCAUUGCCCUCAGCAAGAUACAUGCUAAAGAGCUUGCAGCUUCUGACAAGGAAGACAUAUUGGUUAACAGCUGCUGUCCAGGUUGGGUGAAGAUGGACAUGGCUGGGGACAGAGCUCCCCUGACUCCUGAUGAAGGAGCUGUCACACCAGUCACUUGUGCUCUGUUGCCCCCUGGUAGUCCUAAUGGAGAGUUCUGGAGGGAUCAAAAAGUUUCUGAAUGGUGACCUUUCUAAAUCACAGUGAUCUUAAUAAACUUUAAUUAAUAGUUUAUCUGAAACUGGCUAGGCUGCCAUGUAGUGAUUUGAUAGCUAGUUAUAGCUUUUUUAUUUCAAAAAAUUAGUUUUAUACCAUGUUAUUAAAACUAUAAAAA